AUGUCGGGCAGGAAGGCCUAUGCCCGGACCGCCCCCGACGAAGCCUCGGGGCGUGAGCCUGAACCCGAGAUCACCUUCCCAACCAGAGCCGCCGAGCGACCCCACCACGACGACGCCCUGGUGAUAUCGACCAGGGUAGCCAACGCGCAAGUGAGAAGAAUCAUGGUCGACACGGGGAGCUCAGCUGACAUACUCUACAUUGGCGCCCUCCAGAAGCUGGGCCUAGCCAGGGAAAGUUUAAGCCCAAUGUGCUCGGCGCUCACCGGCUUCACGGGAGAUUCGAUAUCCCCUCUGGGAGCCAUUAACCUACCUCUGACUCUGGGGACCCCGCCCAAAUCAAAGACUGUCAUGACCACUUUGCUAGUGGUCGACCUUCCCACCGCUUAUAACGCCAUACUUGGUCGGCCGACCCUCAACAAGGUCAGAGUCGUCGUCUCGACCUACUACCGGACCGUCAAAUUCCCGACACGGGAGGGAGUCGGGGAAGUCACCAGAAGCCCCCAAGAGUCCAAGCACUGUUACCUUACCUCCGUCUCAUUGGGCAAAAGGACCAGGGGAGAGGCGCCUCUAAAAGAUCCCCGGGAAGCAAAAAAGCCGGCCCCUCACCCUGAGCCGAGGGGGUCCACCGUUGACGUCCCCUUACUGGAAGCACGGCCGGAUCAGACGGUCAAGGUCGGAUCCGAGCUGCCCGAGCAGGAACGGGAACAACUCGUCGGUCUUCUGCGGGAAAAUGCCGACAUCUUCGCCAGGUCUCCAUCGGACAUGAAGGGAGUCGACCCCAAGGUCGCAGAGCAUCAUCUCAACAUCCCACCUGACGCCCGUCCGGUAAGGCAAAAGCCCCGGCGCCAUGCACCUGACCGGCAACGUGCCAUACAAGAAGAGGUGGACCGGCUCUUGGCGGCUGGCUUCAUAGAAGAGGCCAAGUAUCCUCAGUGGUUGUCCAAUGUAGUUCUCGUGAAAAAACACAAUGGGAACUGGAGGAUGUGCAUUGACUACACCAGUCUCAACAGUGCGUGUCCUAAAGACUGCUACCCCCUCCCGAAGAUCGACCAACUGGUCGACGCAACAGCAGGGCACGCGCGCCUCUCUUUCAUGGACGCCUAUUCAGGAUACAACCAGAUCAGGAUGGCGCCCGAAGACUGGGAACGCACGGCCUUCCUCACCGAUCAAGGGAUAUACUUCUACAAGGUCAUGCCGUUCGGGUUGAAAAACGCCGGAGCCACAUACUAG